AUGGGUCUCCUUCUCCCUGAACCAAUCCCUAAUGAUGCAGAUGUCUCUGCUGCCGCUCUCCGCUUCUACUACGAGCAUCUGUUUCCCUUUGAAGAGCUGCAACGAUGGCUAUCUUAUAAAAAUUCUCCUUCCGGUGUACAGACAGCUCUCAACGACCCCGAGUUUAUUUCUAAAAGAGAGUUUUGUUUGACUUGCAAACGAAAAGAUGCAAAAGAUGAAGAAUUCUUCAUGCGAUGGCAGGGUUUCGUCUCUUUACAAGCUUUACGCGAGCGUCUGCUGUCUUUAUCGGAUGUUUUCUGUCAUAAGUUUGAUUUGGGCGGGGUGUACGUACACCCCGUAGCUCAAAAGGAAACUCACGGGGUGUUAUUUAAACCCCAGCAAAAAGAAUUAGUCUUCGAUAUCGAUAUGAAUGAUUAUGAUGCUAUUAGAACAUGCUGCAAAGAUAAAAAAGUCUGCAAAAAAUGCUGGCGGUUUUUAUCAGUGGCGGUUCGUUUGCUUGAAGCGGCACUACGUGAAGAUUUUGGAUAUAAACAAAUUUUCUGGGUCUUCUCAGGAAGAAGAGGAAUUCAUGCUUGGAUUUGCGACACAGACGCUCGUCUGCUGCCAAAUGAAAGCCGCGGCCAACUGGCGGAGUACCUGAACCUCCUCACUGGCUCAGACCAGCAGGCGAAGAAGAUUAACUUAUGGGGCAAAACCCAGCACCCUUCUGUUGAGCGGGCCUUUCAAAUAGCGUACAGACACUUCAACCGCAUAUUGGAGGAGCAGGAUUUCUUUUUUGCUGCUGAAGGAGACAAGCAGCUGCAGCAGCUAAUGGAGUACCUCCCAGGAGACAGCAGCAGCAGCAACAGCAACAGCAACAACAGCAACAGCAGCAACAGCAGCGGGUUCGGUGGUGGUGCAGCACGAGGGUUUGGUGCUUCAACAAAGUCGCGGAGUGCAGCAGCAGCAGCAGCAGCAGCAGGACUACGGCAGCAAGUUAUGUCUUGCAUUCAAGAGGUUAAAGCAGCAAAAAGUGCAGAUACACCUCAAAACAGCAAAAGUGCUGCUCUAUUUGAGAAAAUAUGCAGACUCGUUAAUUGCCAGACACCCGCUGCUGCUGCUGCUGCUCCUGCUGACGGUGCAGCAGCAGCAGCAGCAGCAAGAGAGACGGAAGCAGUACCUACUUUCAUCAAGGAGAUUGUUCUGGCGUUUUCUUAUCCAAGGCUCGAUAUCAACGUCAGGCUUUGA